AUGCGACCUCGGUCGACGCCUCUUUGUACACCGCAGCAGAAGAGGCUGAUCACGCAACAAUGGCUGAAGCGCGUUCAGGAUGGAAAAGAUGAGUGGGCUCGGCAUGCGGAGGAGAUUAAGGAGGGCAAGAGGAAGAGCUUCGCGGCUCAUCUGGAAGAACGCGGGUUGAUUCAUGAUGUUGUUGGAGAACGCGAUUUGCUUCAUCAGGUCUUCACCGAGAAGAGGGCCGGUAUCUACGUUGGAAUUGACCCUACGGCGCCUUCUAUGCACGUGGGACAUAUGUUGCCGUUUAUGGUUCUGGCUUGGGGAUAUGUUUGGGGCUUGCCUGUCACCUUCUUGUUGGGUGGCGCGACAUCUCGAGUUGGUGACCCUACAGGUCGAUUAAAGGGCCGCGAAAAAGUUCACACCUCGAUUCGCAAGGCAAACAUGGCUAGCAUGCACAUGCAAUUGAAGAAGCUGGGCACCAGCAUUGAGCAAUACGGCAGGAGACACGGUUAUCAGAAAAAGGCUAUCUGGAGACGAGCGUUGGUCAACAAUAACACCUGGUGGAAUUCAAUGCCUUUCAUUGAGGUCCUGCGCGAUCUGGGCGCCUUCACCAGGCUGGGACCUAUGCUUGGCCGAGACACUGUCAAGAAUCGAAUGAACCAGGGCGACGGCAUGUCUUUUGCUGAGUUCUCCUACCCUCUUCUCCAAGGCUGGGACUGGUGGAACCUGUUCCAGAAGGGUACUCAAGUGCAAGUAGGUGGAUCUGAUCAGUAUGGAAACAUCCUGUUCGGUAUGGAUGCCGUCAAGUCAAUUAGCCGCAACACUGCCGAUGAGCAAGUCCGCAAUCCUUUGGACUCGGAACUGGACCGACCCAUUGGCUUUACAACGCCUCUCUUGACAGCCUCGUCCGGAGAGAAGUUCGGAAAGUCCGCUGGUAAUGCGAUUUGGCUCGACAAGAGCAUGACUACCACUUUCGAGCUAUACCAGUUCUUCGUCCGCACCCCUGAUGAUACUGUGGAGCGCUACCUCAAGUUGUUCACCUUCAUCCCCCUGCCUGAGAUCGCCUCCCUCAUGGCGGAGCAAAACGCCGAUCCUUCAAAGCGUCUUGCCCAGCACAAACUAGCCUACGAGUUUGUAGAGCUGGUCCACGGCAAGGAGGAGGCUGAUGCAGUGUCCCUCCAACACCGCCAGCUUUUCCGCCCUCGGUCCUCGACCGGUGAACCCUCGCCUAUGCCCAAGACAUCGAGCCAAGGUGGCAACCCCCAGUCGCCCUUGACCGGAAUGACGACCCCCCAGUCCGGAAACCCAUACGCCUCUCAGACCAACUUUGCCAACAUGCCCAAUGCCAAGGUUACUCUCCCGCAAUCGUUGGUGUUUAACCAGACAUUCAACAAGGUUCUGUGGUCUGCCGGCCUUGUCUCUUCCAAGGGCGAGGGUCACCGUGUUAUCACGAACAACGGUGCCUAUGUGGGAAGCCGUCCUGGAGACAGUGGCCCGAUGUCCGACGACCUUGCCUUCACUCCUAUCCGGGUCUGGCCUGCCGAAAAGACUAAGGAGUUUGUCCUUAAUGAUGAUCUGAUCAUGUUGAAGCUGGGCAAGUGGAAGUUCAAGAUGGUUCAUAUCAUCAGUGACGAAGAAUUCCGUUCCCAGGGUCUCACUGCUCCUGGUUGGGAAGAGGCUGAAGCUGCGGCUGAACCGACUGAACCGACUGAGCCCACCAGCUGA